UCUCUCUCUCUCUCCCCUUCGCCUCCUUAAGCCACCAUCUUCUCCGCCUCUAUAUGUGUGUCCACCUCCCCCGGGGCUUCCCCUUCUUUCUUCUAUUCCAAGCGUUCAAUCAAAACUUUCUUUCUCCUCAACUCGUUAAUCCGGGAAUACCCUGGCAACGUCAUGGACAUGGACACUUCACACAACUGGCUCGCCUUCUCCCUCUCCAACCAUCAGCCCUACCUCCUCGAGGCUCUCUCCUCCGCCCCUUCCCAUGGUGGGGUGGAGAUGACUGCGGAGGAGCGGGGAGGAUCGUCGGAGGUAGCGGGGCUGGCGGUGGUGGGACCGAAGCUGGAGGACUUCCUCGGCGGGUGUGGCGAGCCGAUGGGGCGUUACUCUGGCGGCGAGGCCGGGGACGCAGCCGGGAUCUACGACUCUGAACUGAAGCACAUCGCCGCCGGGUUCCUGCAGGGGUUACCGGCGGCAGCGGAGCAGCAGGACUCCGAGGCGGCGAAGGCGGCGGCGCCGGCGGAGUCACGGAAGGCCGUCGAAACCUUCGGCCAGCGCACAUCUAUCUACCGCGGCGUCACCAGACAUCGAUGGACGGGGAGGUACGAGGCGCACCUGUGGGACAACAGCUGCCGCCGGGAGGGGCAAAGCCGGAAAGGAAGGCAAGUCUAUCUAGGUGGAUACGAUAAGGAGGAGAAGGCGGCGAGGGCUUACGAUCUCGCAGCGCUCAAGUACUGGGGUCCGACCACCACCACCAACUUUCCGAUCUCCAACUACGAGAAGGAACUUGAGGAGAUGAAGAACAUGACCCGACAGGAGUUUGUCGCAUCGCUCAGAAGGAAGAGCAGUGGGUUCUCCAGAGGCGCCUCAAUCUAUAGAGGAGUCACCAGACACCAUCAACAUGGCCGGUGGCAAGCAAGAAUUGGAAGGGUAGCAGGCAACAAAGAUCUUUAUCUUGGAACCUUUAGCACUCAGGAAGAGGCGGCGGAGGCCUACGACAUUGCAGCAAUUAAGUUUCGGGGGCUCAAUGCAGUGACCAACUUUGACAUUAGCCGCUACGAUGUCAAGAGCAUCGCCAACAGAAACCUUCCCAUCGGCGGGAUGACUGGCCGGGCCUCCAAGGCCUCAGAAUCUUCGUCAUCAUGCUCAUCUGAUGCCGUGACCGUCGAAGCCAAACAGCUGUUGGACGGCCGGGAUCCCUCGGCCUCACUUGGGUUUGCUGCGCUCCCCAUUAAGCACGAUCAAGAAUUCUGGUCCUUGUUUGCACUCCAUCAGCAGCAGCAGCAGCAGCAGCAGCAAAGUAAUCAAGCUUCAGGCUUCGGUCUCUUCUCCUCUGGUGUUACUGUGGACUUUUCUACAGCUUCUAACGGCGUUAUGAGCCAAGGGUUUGGGGGGAGCGUUGUGUGGAACAAUGGUGUUUUAGAACAGCAGCAGGAGCAAUCACAGAACAAUAGUUGCUCUUCUAUCCCUUAUGCCACCCCCAUUGCCUUUGGAGGGAAUUACGAGGGCUCCGGCUAUGUGGGGAGCUGGGUCACCCCACCACCCUCUUACUACCACGAAGCUGCCAAGCCCAAUGUGGCAGUCUUUCAGACACCUAUAUUCGGAAUGGAAUGAUAUGGAUGGGUGGGAAGGCGAGAGGAGAUCACACUUGCUUGCAGAGGGAAAGAGAGUCAAAAGUGAGAUAUAGACUAUGGGAGGUGAUGUGAACUGACCACACUCACAAACAUAAAGAAGUGAAGGAGAACAGAGGGAGGACUGACAAGAAGACUAACAAGAUAUCAAAAGUUUUGCUCAUAGUCAUGCGCCCAACUUCUUUUACUUUUUGGUUUUCUUUUACUGACAUGAUUCUACGUUGUCAUCAUCAUCAUCAGUGUAAUGGAAACAAGAACCCUUUUGUAGCUUUUCUCUUUCCUUUCUUUUAUUUCCAAUUUCAUGCUAUCAGCUUGUACCGUCAGUAGGUAAGAAAAGAGCCCGUAUAAGAUUUCAGGACGCAUUCUAAACA